AUGAAGGCCGCAACCUUGGCAACCGUCGCCUUGUCGGCGCUCCUUCAAGGAGCCUCGGCUAAGGAGGUCGCGCCCAGCGAGCUCGUUUCUGAGAUCUACGACAGCGGUGUUAUCCACAUGGACCUCAUGGCCCGUAAGAAGGAAUCAUGGGACCGCCAGAUCGCCAGUGGCCAGAUGGACUCCACCGCCUACCGCAGCCGUCUGGCUGAGGAGGGCCCUGUCUCCUGCGUCAACGGUGUCGCUGAGGUCGUCCCCGGCGAUGCCAACAACACCUUCAAGUGCGACAGAGUCGACUUCUACGACUUCAAGGCUCACUCCGACCUCGGCUCCCGCGCCGGCCAGGGAUCUUCUUCCUGGGGUUGGACCAGCCCUGACGGUCGCGAGUUCGCCGUCAUCGCCCAGGCUGACGGUGCCGCCUUCGCGGAAAUCACCAAGGACGGCAAGCUCUCUUACCUCGGCCGCCUCCCCCAGUACUCUACCGAGUCUAUCUGGCGUGAGCUCCGUGGUUACAAGAACUACAUCGUCAUUGGCAGUGAAGCUGCCCGCCACGGUGUUCAGAUCUUCGACCUUACCAAGCUCUUGGAUCUGGACCCCGCCAACCCCAAGACCUUCGAUGCCAAGGCCGAUCUGACGUCCUGGUGGAACGGCCUUCCGGCUGGCUCCACCCACAACAUCGUCAUCAACGAGGAGAAGCAGUACGCCGUUGCUGUCGGCGCUCAGCCUCGCUCCAGCGCUUGCCGCUCUGGUCUGAUCUUCAUCGACCUCAGCGACAUCGAGAACCCCACCUCUCCGGGUUGCGCUGGAGGCGAUGGAUACGUCCACGAUGCCCAGUGCCUCGUCUACCGUGGCCCCGAUGAGAAGUACUUCGGAAGGGAUAUCUGCUACGGCUACAACGAGGACACCCUCACCAUCUACGAUGUCACUGAGAAGAACACCACCAACAUCAUCUCUCGUACCUCUUACGAGGGUGCCAGCUACACUCACCAGGGUUGGGUCACCAACACAGAAUGGCAGGAGUACCUCGUUCUCGAUGACGAGUACGAUGAGUACGACGGUGCUGGCCCCGGUGCCGACGGUUACCCCGUCACUUUCUUCUGGGACAUCAGGUCUCUUGAGAGCCCCAAGCAAACUGGUUUCUACAAGAGCCCUGCCUACGGUAUCGACCACAACCAGUUCGUCAUUGACGGCAUCGCCUACCAGAGCCACUACGGCUCCGGUCUCCGCAUCCUCGACGUCUCUUCUCUGCCCGAGGACCCCACUGGUGGCAAGGUCAGCGAGAUUGGCUACUUCGACAUCUACCCCGAGGACGACCAGGAGCCCAAGGGCGGAUCCAUUGACUUCGUCGGUACCUGGAGCCACUACCCCUACUUCAAGAGCGGUUACAUUUUGGUCAACACCAUUGAGCGUGGUGCUUUCGUUGUCAAGCGCUCUGCUUAA